GUCAAAAUGGCGUUGCUCGUAGUGGGGGAUUUGAGUUAGUUCAUAUUAUUCAUUCACAUUUAUUCAUUUAUUGGGGGAACACACUGCCCAUUUGCCACGGAGAGCAUGGCAACCCUGGAUCAGAAAUCGCCAAACGUCCUUCUCCAAAGCCUCUGCUGCAGAAUCACGGGGAAAAGCGAAGCUGAAGUUGCCCACCAGUUCCAGUACGCAGUACGAGUCAUUGGCAGUAACUAUGCCCCUACUAUUGAACGAGACGAGUUCCUGGUGUCAGAGAAGAUAAAGAAAGAGCUGCUGAAGCAGCGGAGAGAAGCGGAUGCAGCUCUGUUCUCGGAGCUGCACAGGAAACUUCAGACACAGGGUGUUCUAAAGCAUCGCUGGUCAGUUCUCUACUUGUUGCUUAGCCUUUCUGAAGACCCCCGCAAACCAUCCAGCAGGGUUGGAAACUACGGGGCACUGUUUGCCCAAGCCCUCCCCAGGGAUGCCCACUCCACCCCAUUCUAUUGCACCCGUCCGCAGAGCCUGGCCCUGAGCUAUGGGGAGAGGAGCACCGGCCUGUCAGCUAGUGUCGGGACCAGUGGGAUUUCAAGUCUAGGAGUUUACACACUGAACGGACCUACACCAACACCACAGCCACUGCUUGCAGGCCAGCCACCUCAGCCUGCAGCUGGAGGCGGUCAGCCUCUGGGUUCACGGUUAGCCUGGACUUUGCCUGUAAGCUCCUCGCCCAGCUCCGCUAUGGUUCCGCCCGCCGCUCGGCCACCCCUCGGGCCUCCGGUCCCCGCUGCCAGAGUAGUGCGUCCUCGCCGAGAUGGUGACCCAGCCGGUGAGGUGAACGAGGCGGCGCUGGUGCGGGACAUCCUUUACGUCUUCCAGGGAAUUGACGGCAAGUUCAUCAAGAUGAGCGCGCAGGAUAACUGCUACAAAAUAGACAGCAAGGUGGUGCUGUGCAAGUCCCUCAGGGACACCAGCAGCAGACUGGCUGAACUUGGCUGGCUCCACAACAAAGUCAGGAAGUACACUGAUGCCAGAAGCCUCGACCGGGCCUUUGGAUUGGUUGGACAGAGCUUCUGUGCCUCACUCCACCAGGAGCUUAAGGAGUACUACAGGCUGCUCUCUGUCCUCCACUCGCAGCUGCAGGUGGAGGAUGACCAGGGUGUGACCGUGUGCACAGAGAGCAGUCUGACCCUCAGGAGGCUGCUGGUCUGGAUGUACGACCCUAAAGUCAGGCUCAAAACGCUCGCCGCCCUCGUCGACUUCUGCCAGGGUCGUAAGGGUGGCGAGCUGGCUUCAGCAGUUCAUGCCUACGGGAAAACGGGAGACCCACAGAUGAGAGCGCUUGUUCAACACAUCCUCAGCCUGGUGUCACACCCCAUUCUCAACUUCCUCUACAGGUGGAUAUACGACGGGGAAUUAGAAGACACCUACCACGAGUUCUUUGUAGCAUCAGAUCCCAACGUGAAGACCGAUCGUCUGUGGCACGACAAGUACUCCCUCAGGAAGUCGAUGAUCCCUUCGUUCAUCACCAUGGACCAGGCACGCAAGGUUCUGCUGAUCGGCAAAUCCAUCAACUUCCUGCAUCAGGUUUGCCACGAUAGAACGCCGCCAGGCAAAAUCACGGCAGCGUCGAAAUCUGCAGACACUCCAAAAGAUGCCGCAGAGCUGCUGUCUGACCUGGAGGGAGCGUUCCAGGAGAAGAUCGACGCAGCCUACUUCGACACCAGCAAGUACCUGCUGGAUGUCCUCAACCGUAACUACCUGUUGCUGGAGCACCUGCAGGCCAUGAGGAGAUACCUGCUGCUGGGCCAGGGAGACUUCAUCAGACACCUUAUGGACCUACUGAAACCAGAGCUGGCCCGUCCUGCCACCACUUUAUACCAACACAAUCUGACUGGUAUCUUGGAGACGGCAGUCAGGGCCACCAACGCUCAGUAUGAUAACGCUGAGAUCCUCAAGAGGCUGGACGUACGCCUGCUAGAGGUGUCUCCUGGUGAUACAGGUUGGGAUGUUUUCAGUCUGGACUACCAUGUUGAUGGACCGAUUUCAACGGUGUUUACGAGGGAGUGCAUGGGCCACUACCUGCGGGUGUUCAAUUUCCUGUGGAGGGCCAAGAGGAUGGAGUACACGCUGACUGACAUCUGGAAGGGACAGAUGUGUAACGCCAAGUUACUAAAAACCAUGCCUGAGUUGUCCGGCGUGCUGCAUCAGUGUCACAUCCUGGCCUCCGAGAUGGUCCACUUCAUCCACCAAAUGCAGUACUACAUCACCUUUGAGGUGUUGGAGUGCUCCUGGGACGAGCUGUGGAGCAAAGUGCGUCAGGCUCAGGACCUCGACCACAUAAUCGCUGCCCACGACGUCUUCCUAGACACCAUUAUUUCAAGAUGCCUGCUGGACAAUAACAGCAGGUCUCUUUUGAACCAGCUGAGGGCCAUAUUUGACCAAAUCAUUGAAUUUCAAAGCGCCCAGGACUCCCUCUACCGCUCAGCGCUGGAGGAACUCAGCCUCAGGUUGCAGUAUGAGGAGAAGAGGCGGCAGAGAGAGGAGGAGGGUCAGUGGGGAGUGACGGCCGAGCAGGAAGCAGAGGAAAAGAAGAGGAUUCAAGAGUUCCAGGAAACCAUACCAAAGAUGCGCUCACAGCUCCGGAUCCUAACACACUUCUAUCAGAGCAUCGUCCAACAGUUCCUGGUGUUGCUGAUGACCAGUUCCGAUGAGAGCCUGCGCUUCCUCAGCUUCAGACUGGACUUCAAUGAGCACUACAGGGCCAGAGAGCCAAGGCUGCGCGCCUCAAUUGGUGCCACCAGAGGGCGACGACUGUCAAAUAUCUGAUCCUGCAACAGCAGCAUUGGAUGCUUCCCACAUUGGAGUGCAGGGUAUGACAUCACUGACACGGGCUGAACAGCUGACUUCAGGCGCUUCAUGUCGAGGUGAUGAUGUCAUGCCUUGGAGGAGCGAUCCAGGAAACGCAAAAAGCAUUCUGGGAUUGCUGGACCAGCGGCAGUUGCCAAGUAAUGACAUCAAAGCAGACGGCUUCAAUGAAAUCAGCUGAGCGGGAUCAAAAAAGGAAGCAAGUCCAGCGCUCGAAUUCCAGUGAGAAUUCUUCAAAUUCUAAAAUGAACUUUGGGAAAACUGGAGGAGGAGGUAACGAACGCUGCUGUCCGACUGAGCUCCCCACCACACCGGGUCACAGCGGGCCACCUUCCAUGGCAUGCCUUACUCAUGAGAAAACAACAACAAACCUUUGUUCCUCUUGGCAGGGUUCCCAAAUCUAGUCCCAACACACAUAAUGUAUGUACAUAGUGUUUAUGCAAAAAUGUCUGUACCUGUUUCUGCAUCUGUACACAGCGACACCUGUUGCUCUCCGAGCUCUCACUACGGUUCAGCCGAUACAGCCGAUAUUCAUAACACUGUCAGUUUUGUGCUCUUUGCUUCUCAACAAGAGUGUUUCUGCAGGCGUCGGAGCAUUAAAACUGACAGGCGAAUCGAAUAUUAAAGAAGUGUGAUCAGAGUUGGCACACCCGUUUAUCGGCCUAACCCUAGUGUUCCAAUCUCUCCUACUUACAGUGCAGGGUGUUUCUUUUUUGUUUUGUUUUUUUAAAGUGUCAGCUUGACCACACAUCACACACAGACUGUUGCACUUGCAGGCAGAAUGUGUUCAUACAGACUACUUUAUUUAUUAAGGAUCAACAUUAGUUUCAUUUUACCCGGUUUCUUCUGUAAAUAAUCAGAUUACCUGAGUAUCAGCCGAUGGAAAGACUGUUAAGGGUUGAUUUAGAUCAUAUGCAAGUGUGGGUUUCACUUUAUUUCUCUCCUUAGUUUUGUGUUUUUGUGUCCGUACGAAAGAGAUGCAUCAUCUUAAGGAACACAAUCUUCGCAGCAACCACAACAACCUCACUCCUCCUCACUGAGAAAACCACAGGAAAUAUAAAACGCUCUGAUUUCUGAGUUUCUUUAAGAAGAGAGUGUAAAUAAUAAUUUGUUUAUAAAUGUCAGCUUGGUCUGUUUUAUUUUCUGAGGCAUUUCUGAUUUUAUAAAGAUAAGAGUUCUGUUUAAUAGUCUAUUAAAGUGAGGUGUGCCUCAUAUGAGAAAAAGUAUUGUAGCAUUGAUUCAGGCUGGAAAUGUGUCAGUUAUUAGUUUUCAAAUCUUAGAAAGUCCUCCUCGUGUUCAUAACCUUUGAGUUUUUGUUAAUAAGGAGGAAAAGCUUUGAAAAAACAUUUAAGUCCAAAGCGGUGAAUUAUCAGUCAGAUUUGUGCAGUGAGGUGAAAGUUUUGACAUUUGCAGAUAAAGGCUCACUAACGGCCCAAAUUACAGUCACUGUCAAAUCCCUUAUUAGCCCCGCCCUCAUUAGCGUUUAAUUAUACAUUCAAAUAAUAAGUACUUUAACAUCUGUUAGUAGUGGGUUUUUUGGUUGUGUUGUUUGUUUGUUUGUUUUAUAUUAAGUUGUGUUUUGAAGCAGUGUUGCUGACUGAAAAAUAUUUCACAGGGAAAAUAUGUACUUCUGCUGAUUUAUACUCCAAUUUUGGUAAACUGUCAGUAUUUGUGACAGCCUCUGAGAAGCCCUGGCCCCUCUGUGUGAACGUGUGCGAUAGUCAAGUUUGAUUUUCGAUGUGUGGUUUGUUUGUUUUUUUUUAUUUUCAGUGAAACACAUGGGUGCUGCUUAUGGUCUGAAGACCACUUAAAUGCUUUGGGACAAUGAAUUCCUUCAAAUAGACAUAAAAAGAUGAAGUAUCACUCUAAAGCUGAACCUGGUCAGCGGUUAUGGGCUGUAUGUUUCUGUCUAUGUUGUAUAGCACAUAAUGUAUAGUUAAAAAAAAAAACAAAAAAGGGAUACAAACUGUCCCGCUUUUUCUUUAAUAAAUUUGCUUUUAUAUCAAUGUGUGGUGGCUUUC